CGUCACUAGUUUUUCCAGCCUUUCACUUCAUGAAUAGUAAUUUGUUAUUAUUAUACUUAUGCCUUGAUGAUUGCGACAGUCUGCUGAAAAGUGUGCGUUUGGUGAACAAUUUACCGUGUAUCCUACCCCUUCACCUGCGCACGUUAGUGAGGGCCGGCGUGACGGCCAGGUACGGAAGCCCAGAGGGUUCCGCCCACCGCCACGGGGCCCGCCCCUCCGCCUCUCAACCCGCAGGUUGCCCAGCCCGCGGCGCCGCCGGGCUCCUCCUCCUCCCUUCCGCCCCGCCGGCCGCGGGCGCGGGGGACGUCAGCGCUGCCAGCGUGGAAACAGCGGCGGGGCGCGAGAGGAGGAAGUAGCGCCCGGGACCGCCGGGCCACCAUCGGCCGCCUCAGCCAUGGACGCGUCCCUGGAGAAGAUAGCAGACCCCAUGCUAGCUGAAAUGGGAAAAAACUUGAAGGAGGCAAUGAAGAUGUUGGAGGACAGUCAGAGAAGAACAGAAGAGGAAAAUGGAAAGAAGCUCGUGUCAGGGGAUAUUCCAGGGCCACUCCAGGGCAGUGGACAGGAUAUGGUGAGCAUCCUCCAGCUGGUUCAGAAUCUGAUGCAUGGAGAUGAAGACGAGGAGCCCCAGAGCCCCAGAAUCCAAAAUAUUGGAGAACAAGGUCAUAUGGCUUUGUUGGGACAUAGUCUUGGAGCUUAUAUUUCAACUCUGGACAAGGAGAAGCUGAGAAAACUUACAACUAGGAUACUUUCAGAUACCACCUUAUGGCUGUGCAGAAUUUUCAGAUAUGAAAAUGGCUGUGCUUAUUUCCACGAAGAGGAAAGAGAAGGACUUGCAAAGAUAUGCAGGCUUGCCAUUCAUUCUCGAUAUGAAGACUUCGUAGUGGAUGGGUUCAAUGUGUUAUAUAACAAAAAGCCUGUCAUAUAUCUUAGUGCUGCUGCUAGACCUGGCCUGGGCCAAUACCUUUGUAAUCAGCUCGGCUUGCCCUUCCCCUGCCUGUGCCGUGUACCCUGUAACACUAUGUUUGGAUCCCAGCAUCAGAUGGAUGUUGCCUUCCUGGAGAAACUGAUUAAAGAUGAUGUAGAGCGAGGAAGACUGCCCCUGUUGCUUGUUGCAAAUGCGGGAACUGCAGCAGUAGGACACACAGACAAGAUCGGGCGAUUGAAGGAACUCUGUGAGCAGUAUGGCAUAUGGCUUCACGUGGAGGGCGUGAAUCUGGCAACAUUGGCUCUAGGUUACGUCUCCUCAUCAGUGCUGGCUGCAACCAAAUGUGAUAGCAUGACGAUGACUCCAGGUCCGUGGCUGGGUUUGCCAGCUGUUCCUGCGGUGACACUGUAUAAACACGACGACCCCGCCUUGACUUUAGUUGCUGGUCUUACAUCAAAUAAGCCCGCAGACAAACUCCGUGCCCUGCCUCUGUGGUUGUCUUUACAAUACUUGGGACUUGAUGGGAUUGUGGAGAGGAUCAAGCAUGCCUGUCAACUGAGUCAACGGUUGCAGGAAAGUUUGAAGAAAGUGAACUACAUCAAGAUCUUGGUAGAAGAUGAGCUCAGCUCCCCAGUGGUGGUAUUCAGAUUUUUCCAGGAAUUACCAGGCUCAGAUCCGGUGUUUAAAGCUGUCCCAGCGCCCAACAUGACACCUUCAGCAGUCGGCCGGGAGAGGCACUCGUGUGACGCACUGAAUCGCUGGCUAGGAGAACAGCUGAAGCAGCUGGUGCCUGCAAGUGGCCUCACAGUCAUGGAUCUGGAAGCUGACGGCACAUGUGUGCGGUUCAGCCCUUUGAUGACAGCAGCAGUUUUAGGAACUCGGGGAGAGGAUGUGGAUCAGCUUGUGGCCUGCAUACAAAGCAAGCUGCCAGUGCUGAGCUGCACGCUCCAGUUGCGCGAAGAGUUCAAGCAGGAGGUGGAAGGAACGGCAGGUCUCCUAUACGUUGAUGACCCUAACUGGCCUGGAAUAGGGGUUGUCAGGUAUGAACAUGCUAAUGAUGAUAAGAGCACUUUGAAAUCAGAUCCUGAGGGGGAAAAAAUCCAUGCUGGACUCCUGAAAAAGUUAAAUGAGCUGGAAUCUGACCUAACAUUUAAAAUAGGCCCUGAGUAUAAGAGCAUGAAGAGCUGCCUGUACGUGGGCAUGGCGAGCGACGACAUUGACGUUGCGGAGCUCGUGGAGACCAUUGCGGCCACAGCCCGGGAGAUAGAGGAGAACUCGAGGCUUCUGGAAAACAUGACAGAAGUGGUUCGGAAAGGCAUUCAGGAAGCUCAGGUCGAGCUGCAGAAGGCAAAUGAGGAACGGCUUCUGGAAGAGGGGGUGUUGCGGCAGAUCCCCGUCGUGGGCUCCGUGCUGAAUUGGUUUUCUCCAGUCCAGGCUUUACAGAAGGGAAGAACUUUUAACUUGACAGCAGGCUGUCUGGAGUCCACAGAACCUAUAUAUGUCUACAAAGCACAAGGUGCAGGAGUCACCCCACCUCCGACGCCCUCGGGCACUCGUACCAAGCAGAGACUUCCAGGCCAGAAGCCUUUUAAAAGGUCCCUGCGAGGUUCAGAUGCUUUGAGUGAGACCAGCUCAGUCAGUCACAUUGAAGACUUAGAAAAGGUGGAGCACCUGUCUGGCGGGCCGGAGCAGAUGACCCUUGAGGCCAGCAGCACUGAGGGACACCCAGGGGCUCCCAGUCCUCGGCACGCUGACCAGACCGAGGCCCUCAAGAAGGGGGCCCUGCGCCCAGAAGUUGACCACCCACAGGAGUCCUGGGGCUGUCAAGCAGGGAGGAUGGUUCUAAGUUUUCUUCAGCCUGAUAGUUUCACACUUUGGACAACUUCGGUUCUCGAGCAAAACUUUCCUCGGUUCCGGAGGUAUAAAAAAAUUCCAGUGCCUGUCUCCCUCCCCCAGAGCACUGGCAGAAGACAAGCACACCUGCCUGACGUGCUGGGGAGAGAAGGAAACAGAGGCCAGGUGCUCCCCAGCUCCUGGGAAGGAUGGGCCUGGCCUAUACUAUUUGCUACCACACUGCUUCUUCAAAGUCUUAAGACAUGAACAUUAUCUCCAUUUUGUAGGUAAAGCUUACAGAAGUUAAGCUACUUGCCCAAGGUCUCACAGCAGAUGUUCAGCGGAGCUGGGAUCUGAACCCAAGGCUGUCCCAUCCUGACAGCAGUGGUUUGCUGAAUUAGCUUUAACCGCACAUGUGCCAAGCCUCCAACCCACAAAGAUGCACACUACUUACCAAUGCCAUAUAUUAUUGGAAAGUGGUUUUCGUUUUCUUCCCGGUCAUUUAAUUCUACAAAAUAAAAACGUUUAAGAUACUUUUUAAACAAAUACCAAACAAUUAUUUUUAUUUUGUAUGAUAAAGGCCAAGGAGGAACCCCUCACUGCAGAAAGGGAGGAAAAUCCCAGAAACUGAAAGGGACUGUGACCCUGUUUCCCUGCCCUACCCCAAGGCGGGUGGGUUUAUACUGAACAAACUGGCAUAUGCAGAAGAGGUCCCUAAUCCCACCCCACCUUCUCCAUGCACCCCAUCUGCCACACAGGUGGCAGCUGUGAGAUCCAGUGCCCUCCUUCCUGGGAGACGAGGCACACUUGAGGGGGCUGCAUUGGAACUGACACCGGGCACCGUGGCAAUGGCCAUCCCACCACAGCAAGAGCUGGAACAGACGCCGGCCAAGCAGUGACAGCAGUAUGUGCCGGUGCUUGGUCCCGCUGCAAGGCUGGGGGCAAAAUGGUCCUGAAAUGCACAGCUUCGCUUUGGGACAAAUAGCAGAACUUACCUGUCACACAUAAUGUCACUAAGUGAAUGUCAUCUUCUUGCCUGUCAAAUUCACCUACGAUGAGAAUUUUAAGACUGGUUAUCAGAAAAGCUCCUCUAGUUACCAGAACAAACUGCUGAGCAAGCCAAGGACAAGGAGGGACAGCAGCCAGCUGAGUGUGCUUUGCCCCACACCCUCUUGCCCACGCCCAAGCAGCCACAGCCCAGCCUCUGGGGCCAGACCCGAGGGAGCUGACGCUGCAGAACCCUGACCGCCACAAGACGGCCACAUUCAGCCUCAGGCCCCAAGGAGCUGGGGCUGAGCCUUCCCAUUUUUCUCUUCAUUCUGAGAGUUUUGCAGGGACCCAUGGAUUCAUAGAUUUUUACUUUUCUCCUAAGUAACCUGUUUUCCUGAUUAUCGGAGUUGUAAAAACAAAAAUCUGGCCUCUGUAACAGAUUUGAAAAGUACAGGAAAGCAUAAGUCAGUUUUCAACAUCCGUAAUCCUAGCACUGUUAAUUUUCUUCCAUAUUUUUCCGUGCUCAGCAGAGCUGACCACAGAGACAAUGUUACAUCCAAAUUUUU